GCAGGGCGGGCCGGGGGCUGCGCCGCCGCCAGCGCUGCGCCUCAGUGGGCGCCGCUGCGGGCGCCGGGCUAUCGCCUUGCCCGAGCGGGGGUAAACAAGAGAGGAGAGAGCAAACCUUGUCACAAAAAGAAGCGGCUAUGAACUGGCUCAUUUGAAAAGAAAAGAAAGCACAAAGAGGUGUUUCUCUAUACUGGCUCGUCUUCACUAUACUGCGCUCCCAUUCUGAUUACUCUUCACAAUCACUAAAAGAAGAUGAGUAGCCUUUUGCAAAUAUGACAUCUCUGACUGGUGUCAUUGCUUCCCACCAAUCUGAGUGGGUGUCCUUCAGUGAUGACCUGCUCCUCCCUGUUAAACCACAAGGUAGCACUGAGGAGCCUCUGGAAAAAUAUUUUUCUUCCUCAGACACCUCCUCAGAAGAGAACCAUAAGGUGAAUGGAGAGUUUCAGGACCUCUUCCACAACGAUCUGAAUGAUGCAGUUGAGAAGCCCAAGGUGGAUUCUGCUGUGCUUGGGAACCAUGUGUCUCCCAGAGCUGAUCUGUCAUCAUCUAUCAGUGCUUGGGUUCAGUUUGAAGAUGUGCCAUGGACCAGUGCUUCACCAACCCACCCACAAGCAGUGUCUCCAUCAAGAGCACCCAGCUGGACUUCCCCCUCCUCUGACUCUUCUGAGAAACGAGCCCAUGUCUCAGAGAGCAGCUGGACAACCAACUCUGAAGACGCUAGCAGCCCAAGCGUUGCUCCUUCCUACACAGAUCUGCAGUCGAUCAAUACUGAGGACUUGACGAGUGGUGGAACAUCUGCAGCAGAUUCAGCUGACAAUUCCUCAUCUCUUCAGGAAGAUGACGAGAUAGAUAUGGAGGCUGUCAACUGGCAACUGAACAACACCUCCAUGAAUGGGCAUUCUGCUACCCCAACUACAGCUCGCUUUCCCAGCUGGGUGACUUUUGAUGACAAUGAGGUCUGUUUUUCACCAGAGAACCUUUCUCCCUUGAAAACAGACACCCCACCUGCAGAAAAACAGACUCCAGAUGUCAACUUUAACCUCACUGCAUCCUUUAAGAAAAGAGAACGUCCUAAAAGCACUUUGGGCGACCUCUCCAAAAUUCAAAAGCUAGAUCUUUCCUCCUUAACCAAGUUGCCUUCUGUUGAAACACCACCAUGGAGUGCUACUAAUCCCUUCUUAGAUGAAUCUCUGCGAGAUGUCCAACCCUCACCCAUCAAUCCAUUCAGCUCAUUCUUUGAGGAGCAAGACGGGCGUUCCCAAAGCUCUUCUGUAUCUAAUGCUCCAGGCAAAAGCCAAAGAGACUCUCUUAUUAUUCUUCAUCAAGAAACUGAUACCAUCAGUUUCCAUGGGUCAAACAAAAGUAUAAUCCACACAGAUGCGGUAGAGCAGCUCAAGCAACUCCAGAUUGGAGACCCAGAUCACAUGACCAGCCUUAACUUACCUGAUGAUGACCCCAUGAUGCCACAUGAUCUGGAUGCCAAUUUAUUUAACUUGCCACUAACUCAGCCAAAGGAUGGAUGGCCAAUGAUGCUCAGGAUCCCAGAAAAGAAGAAUAUUAUGUCAUCCAGGCACUGGGGACCAAUAUAUGUCAAGCUGACUGACAGUGGAUGUAUACAGCUUUUUUAUGAAAAAGGACUGGAGAAACCUUUCCGGGAAUUCAAACUUGAAAUGAAUCAUGAGAUUUCAGAGCGCAAGCUCCAGAACUAUGAUGAGAAUGGAAGGAUACACAGUGUGCGGAUAGACCGCACCACUUACAAGGAAAAAAAGAAGUAUCAGCCUAAGCCAGCUAUAGCUCACGCAGCAGAAAGAGAGCAAGUUAUCAAGCUGGGGACUACAAAUUAUGAAGACUUCCUGAGCUUCAUCAGUGCUGUGCAGGACACACUGAUGAACUUGCCAAUCUCAUCCACAGAUCUGAGCACAGUAGGACUGAACUACCAAGAAGAAGAAAUCACUGUUGAUGUCAGGGAUGAGUUUCACGGCAUCUUGGCCAAAGGAGACAAUGUGAUUCUCCAGCACAGUGUGCUGACCCAUAUCUAUGUUCUCAGCUUCCUUUCUGGCCUGGCAGAAUGCAGACUGGGCCUUAAUGACAUUCAGAUCAAAGGGAAUGAAAUAGUUGCGAGGCAGGAUAUUAUGCCCACUACUACCACUAAGUGGAUUAAAUUAUACAGCUGUCGGUUCCAUUCAUGUGUGGAUGAAGAUAUGUUUAAUAAUUCCCGUAUUAUCCUAUUCAACCCCUUGGAUGCUUGCCGAUUUGAACUGAUGCGAUUCAGAACUGUCUUUGCUGAGAAAACUUUGCCUUUUACUCUGAGGACAGCAGCCAGCAUCAAUGGUGCUGAGGUGGAGUUGCAGAGCUGGCUGAUGAUGUCCACUGGGUUCUCUUCCAACCGUGACCCUUUAACUCAGGUCCCUUGUGAAAAUGUGAUGAUUCGCUACCCAGUACCAAAUGAGUGGGUGAAGAACUUCCGCAGGGAGAGCGUCCUGGGGGAAAAAUCUUUGAAAGCCAAGGUGAACAAGGGUGCCAGUUUUGGAUCAACCAGUCUGUCUGGUUCAGAGCCAGUAAUGAGAGUAACUUUGGGAACUGCCAAAUAUGAGCAUGCCUUUAAUUCCAUUGUGUGGAAGAUAAACCGACUGCCUGAUAAAAACUCAGCUUCUGGCCAUCCUCACUGCUUCUUCUGUCAUCUAGAGCUUGGCUCUGACCGGGAAGUGCCUUCCAGUUUUGUCCGCCAUGUGGAUGUGGAAUUUGACAUGCCCACCACGUCUGCAUCCAAAGCCACUGUUCGGUCUAUCUCUGUUGAGGGCAAGACCAAUGUGAGAAAGUGGGUCAACUAUUCAGCACACUACAGUUACAAGGUAGAAAUAGAGCAGAAAAAAAGCUUGAAUGAGGAUCUGAAGGGAGAAGAUACUGAAAAUCUCAAUGAAUGUGCCACACAGUGAAAGAAGAUUGGUCUGCAAGUCCUGAGAGGAGCCCUGGAGGGGCAAGAGAAAAAAGCCACAGAAAAAAGGAACUGCAGCAUUUUAGUAUUGUUCUUAUAAAGUAUGGAUUAUUACUUUCAAAAUAAUGCUCCACAGAGUAUUGAGUAUUUUUGCUCAUGAUGAUCCAUACUUUGAGAAGAAGCUCACCAGUGGUUUGUUUGGAGUGGACCCAUGGGCUUUUGCUGGAAUGAUUUAAGUACAGUUGGUGUAGAGACAGACUGACUUGUAUUACAGUCAAGUUUGUCUUCGCUGCCUCCUCACCGUGUGGGUUGUUCACUGAAGUAUGGUGUGGCCACCAUCACAGCCAAAUCAGAAAACAGCCAUCAUCUCAAUUGCAAUCUUGCCCUCCUAUGUUAAGCAUAUGCUAAGCUGGUUUGCUCAUCAGCAGUUUCAUUUCCUUCUGCACUGCCUAAUAAAACCCAGCGAGCACUGAGUAAAAAGUGAUACAGUGUCUCAUUUCUGAAGCUGUCAACACAGUGAAAAUCCUAACCAUCAUUCUGGAGGAUCAGUGAACUCUGCAUCUUAAACAUAGUAAAUGUCAACCAGAUGAACCACCGACAGUACAGCUGAUCAUCUAGCUGUUCUUCCAUUCAUCCUUUCCUGUCUUGUCCUCUGAAGUAGAACAUGUCACAGUGCACAUUUUCAUCUUGGGUCUGGACAAGUUACAAGAAGGCUUUUGCGGUUCUUAACAUUUUCAUUUUUUAGUCUCGACUGUUCCAUUAUCUUGACUGAACAUGGUUAUAGCUGCUAGUAACAGAGGAUGUCGUUAUAAUAGAGAUGAUAUAGAAGGGACAUAACUAGAAAGGAAUUUAAAGAAAAUACAUUCUUUUUUUAAUGUUUUCUUGGAUGAGUAAUGUGGCUGAUUAUUGAAAAAUGACAGCAAAAUAUUACUGUCUAUCCUUGCAACAUAGUAUUACUUUCAUGUUCUAUCUUGAACGUACAAGUAAUUUCUGUGCAACUAUCUUUAUAAAAUACCCAUUUGCUUGCACUCAACAUUUUUUUUUUUUCUGGCAUUAAAAUUGUUGGCUUCCAUUGUAGAAAUUUUUAGAUCUCCAUUUAGCCAAAAGUAACAGUAGGUCUUAAACCUUUUUUAACAAAAAUACAGAAGGCAAAAAAAUCACAAAUUUGUAAUUAUUAUCAUUCAGAUAAAAUAGUAUUCAGGAUAUCUUGAAAACAAGUUAAGGUUGUUUUCAUUGCUUGCAUAAUAUUUUGUCUCAAAGUAACUUCCAAUAUGAAAAGUAAUUUAUUAAACCAUUUAUCUUUUAAAAGGUUGCUGCUGGCUUUAGCAUAUUUGGAAGGCCCUGGCAAUGUAAUUUGACAUCAUAAUGAAUUAAAAUGAAAACUUUUAUAAAAGUUAUACAAGUAUUUUACAUUUCACAUAACAGAAAAUUAAUUUUCACUUCUGAUUCAUCACUACUUUCACUGUUUCAUUUUUCACCAUGAAAAUCACUACAGUGGUUAAGGUCCCAAAUAAAACAUGAGAUUAAUUAUACUGAGUCUAAAACCUACAGUGGUAGACGUUAAAGCAAAUUAUAGGGAUUGUCUGAAUGCCUUUCUAUAUGCACCUAAAUUUCAGGCCUAGAUCAACCCAGUGAUAUAUAUUUAACCAGCCACGCACCGGAAAAAUCACAUUGCUGUAAAUUAGUUAAAAUCUCAGUCCUUCAAGGACUUCUUGAUGAGCAUGUACUAUUGUACAUUGCAAGUAGUCUUACUGAAGCCCAGAGAACUUCUCUGAGCAUGCCAAUUAGUACUGAGUAUUUGCAACAUCUCUCUGUAAAUGGGAGAAUGGUACUAAUUUUUACAAAGCAUUUUGAGAUCAGUGGACGAAAACUACUGAUAAAGUGCUAAUUAUUAUUAUUUAUUAAUUAAUAAUUUAAAUAGGUCCUGAAAUGUGUAAUGGCACUGAUCUGCAUUCAUGCUCUCAUGGCAUGAUGAAUUUCAUGGCAACUCCUCUGUAUAAAAUUCACUUUUCUUCUCACUGUUCUUUCUUUUCAUUAAUUGUUUGUACUGCAGAGAAUUUCUGGAUAUUCUUUGUGUUUUUCUCUUCUGCUUUUACAGUACAGUUUUGAGAAGGAAUAGCAAGAAAAUAAACCAAACAGACUUGAAUGUGUUCUAGGGUAUUGCUAAUGCAGUGAGAGCUUUGUAAAAGAAAGAGUUAGGGAGAUUUCCAGCUCUGAUCUGCAGACCCAAAGGUCUGCAGUGCUAACUCAGUGUUCAACUUUUUGCAUAUUCUUCUCCGGCCCUUGGAAACACAAAUAGCAAAUAAACAAAAAUACACUCUUUAAAGUGGGGAGAAAAAUCAAAGGAUAUCAUUUCCCAUCUCUGUUGAAUUCUAAACUGUUCAGUCUUUAUCAUACUCCAUCCACAGAAUAUUUCAUGUCCAGCAAAUUGAAAGGUGAACAUAAGUGAUAUUUCUGAAUUUGUUUUAAUUCUCUAACUCUUCCUCACUUCCUCUUUUCUUUUUCAUUUGAAGUUCAUAAAUGAAAAUAAGAGUCUGACUCUAAUCUGUCUUACCUAGUGUAGAACAGAAGUCUCUCUUCCAAGUCUAAUGGGGCCAUGGCUUGUAAAAAAACUAUUUUAAUCAAUUUUGGUCUUUAGAGAGUAUCUUUCCAAUUUUCCUGCCAUUGAAUUUUGAAGAGUUUGGUAUGAUUCACCUUGGCCAGAUUUUUCAAAACAAAAGAUCUUUAUUUCCCAUUGAGACACUAAAGUCAUUGUUUUUUUUUUUUUUUCAGAAGAGCAGUAAGCACCAAAUUCUUUAGUAAAUCUCAUGUUGAAAAUCACCAAGUAUGACUGCUGAAUGAUUUCUUCAGUCUAGCCCCAUUUUGAGCACCGACCAUUUGAACACAGGGAUCUCUCUGCCUUUAAGAGGGUGCCACUCUUCUUACUUGAUUAGACAGUGCCAACUUUUCAGUGUUAAUGUCUGUUACUGAAUGAACAGUAUGUGCAUGAACCAUAUGUUCUUUAUCCAUAGGUAAUAAUUUGGACAGAUUGUUGAUGAGGAUGAGGGGAAGAGAACUGAGAGUUUUGUCAGUUUUAGAGUAGUAGAAAGGAUUUAGAUAAAAGAUGUGGCUGUAGUAGAGAUGAUUUUAUUUCAGGGAAGAAUCUCCUUAACUACGUUGUUUAACACUCCUUUUGAGAAAGACAUAAUCACUGUUCUUUCGUUUAUUGGAAAACUCUGUAGUAAUCAAAUACUCCAUGCAGGAAAUGUGCCUUCAAAUUAUGGAUACCUUUAUUCCCUGAAGCUAUUCCCCCUUUAAACUUUCCUUCUAUUUCUCAUUAUGGUUUUAUUUCAUUUUUGUACUGUGGUAAGACUUGAGCUAUUGUAGGGAAUUUUACAUAGAAAAACAAACAGUCUGAUCACAAGAGGUAAAGAUGAACAUCACCUCUGGGCAGCUGAGCUUAUUUGAGCACACUCUUCUUAUAUUUAUUAACUGUAGAUACUCUGCUAACAGAAGAAAAUGGGCAAAUUCAGCUGAGAAGUAUUGCAUCAGACUGAUGAUGUUUGUGUCCUUUAAAACUACUUUAUUUAGAGUCAAAAUUAGUCAUCCCAUGAAGCAGAGAGAGAUUUUUAGGUUCUUCAUUGUAGGAGUUCCAUAAGAAAUUGCAGAAAUAUUUUGCCUUUUCUGAUGGGUUGCCAACUGACAUGUAUACUUGGCAAGACGUCUAAGACCUGUUGGUCAUCUAUGUUUCCAAGGUUGAAAAAUUCCUUUCAGUGACUUGUUGGCUCAUAUUUAUAACUAUACUCAUCUUUGGAACUGCUUAGUGUAAGAACCUGCCCUCUUCUGCCACUUAAAUUAAACCUACAUCAUCAGUUGUCUGAGAUUUGAAAAUUUCUGAUAGCUGGCCUACCUGUUCUUAGCCGCCUUUUUUGUUCAGUCAUCUAAUCAUUGUUACAUCCUUCCCUUCCUCCUUCCAUCUAUAUUUGCAAUUCAUUCUUUGCACUGUUGACAUUGAUUGAUUCGAUUAUUUUUUGGUAACAUGUUCCUACCUUUUUUGUUUUGUAAAAUAAGAAAGUCUAUACACUGGGUAACUUUGUGCAAGUGAUUUAUUUCUUGUUCAUUUUAUUUCAGCAGUUGAAGUGGGAUGUCAUUUUUUGUUUGAAC